GGUUGUCUCUUCUCUCCCCGCAGCCGUACCCGUGGACGUGCUGCAGACGCUGGGCAUGAAGGACGGCCGGGACGGCGUCGCCGUCACCGCCGGUAUCUGCACGCAGCGCCCCGGCACCGAGGACCCCGACUUCGCCUUCCGCGUGGACAACCGCACGCAGCUCAGCGCGCCCACCAGGCAGCUCUUCCCCGAUUCCUCCUUCCCCGAGGAUUUCUCCAUCCUGGCCACGGUGCGUGCCCGGCGCGGCGGCCAAGCCUUCCUGCUCUCCAUCUACGACGAGCGCGGCGUGCAGCAGCUGGGGCUGGAGCUCGGGCGCUCGCCCGUUUUCCUCUACGAGGACCAGGACGGGCACCCGGCCCCCGAACGUUACCCCGUCUUCCGCAAGGUGAACCUGGCCGACGGCAGGUGGCACCGCGUGGCGCUGGCCGUGGAGGGCACCAACGUGUCCCUGCUGGUGGAUUGCCGCCUCGUCGCCACGCUGCCGCUGGAGCGAGGACCCCGGCCCGUCGUCAGCACCGAGGGGGUGACGCUUUUCGGGGGGCGCCUGCUGGAUGAGGAGGUGUUUGAGGGCGACAUCCAGCAGCUGCUGAUCGUGCCGGACCCCGCGGCCGCCCACUCCUACUGCCAGCUCUACAUGCCAGCCUGUGACCAGCCCCUGCUCUACCCGCUCCUGGCCCCCUUCCUGGAGGAGAGCGGCCCGGAGCCCAGCGCCGCCCCGCGUAGGAAGGGCAAGAAGGGCAAGGGGAAAGGCAAGCGCAAGGGGAAGGGCAAGAAGAGGAGGAACAAGGAGCUGCAGGAGCAGCACGAGGCCUCCGAGCCCUCCGCCGUGACCAACCAGGCCAGCGCACCCACGCCGACGCCGCCGUCUCUGGAGGACAGCUCCCCACCGCCGGUCACCUCCAGCCUGGCCACCACUGUGAGCGUCGCCCUGAACCACACCGACCCCUUCGAGGACGCCGGCGAAGAGCUCGUGCUGGAAUCCGGGGAGGACGGAGCCGCUGGGGCUACCAGCGCGGAGCUGCCCGGCUACGAGGACUACUACGACGGGGACCCUGCGAGCCCGGAGCGGUUCGGCCCCGCCGAGCGGGAGGAGACGGUGAUCCGGGCUCCCCAGGAGCCCAGCCUGAAGGGGGACAAGGGCGAGCCGGCCGUCGUGGAGCCGGAUCGGCGAUUCGAGGGGCCGCCGGGACCCCCGGGCCCUGCGGGGGAAACGGGACCCCUGGGACCACCGGGGCUCCCAGGGCUGCCCGGAGACCCCGGAGAGCAGGGCCCCGCAGGACGGCCGGGGCUGCCAGGAGCCGACGGGAUCCGCGGCCCGGCCGGGACCAUGAUCAUGCUGCCGUUCCAGUUUGGGGGAGACUCCCUCAAGGGCCCCACCGUCUCCUUCCAAGAAGCCCAAGCCCAGGCGAUCCUGCAGCAGGCGAAGCUUGCCAUGAAGGGCCCCCCCGGCCCCAUGGGGCUCACCGGCCGCCCGGGUCCCCUGGGUCUGCCAGGACACCCGGGCCUGAAAGGGGACGCAGGGGACAUGGGGCCGCGGGGUCCCCGGGGACUGCAGGGACCGCCGGGACCACCGGGGAAGCUGGGCAGACGGGGUCGCGCUGGAGCAGACGGUGCCAGGGGUCUCCCGGGGGACACCGGACCCAAGGGUGACCGGGGCUUCGAUGGCUUGCCGGGGCUGCCGGGGGAGAAGGGCCACAGGGGUGACGUGGGGAAGCCAGGACCAGCGGGCAGCCCCGGGGAGAAAGGCGCCAGGGGCUCCGACGGCUUGCCGGGACCGCGGGGGCAACCGGGGGAACCCGGCAUGCGAGGGCUCAUCGGCUCCCGCGGCUCCCCUGGCCCCCCGGGACCACCGGGUGCCAGCGGCAUCGACGGCGCGCCGGGACCCAAAGGCAACGUGGGAAUCCAAGGGGAACCGGGCCCCCCGGGACAGCAAGGAAACCCCGGUCUGCAGGGUCUGCCCGGCCCCCAGGGCCCCGUCGGGCUGCCAGGGGACAAGGGCCCGCCGGGGAAGCCAGGAAUCCAAGGGGUGGCUGGGGCCGACGGACCCCCGGGUCACCCUGGCCGAGAAGGGCCGGCCGGAGAGAAAGGCCUCCAGGGUCCUGUGGGUGCCCCAGGUCCCGUCGGCUAUCCGGGACCCCGCGGGGUGAAGGGAGCUUUUGGGGUGCGGGGCCUGAAGGGCAGCAAAGGGGAGAAGGGUGAAGAUGGAUUCCCUGGCUUCAAGGGGGACAUGGGUCCCAAAGGCGACAGGGGCGACCAGGGCUCCUUGGGUCCCCGCGGCGAGGACGGCCCUGAGGGGCUGAAGGGACAGACGGGUCCCAUGGGGGAGCCGGGCGCCGCUGGCCCCGCGGGCGAGAAGGGCAAGCUGGGGGUGCCGGGCCUCCCAGGCUACCCCGGACGCCAGGGCCCCAAGGGAUCCGCUGGCUUCCCAGGUCCCUUGGGGCUGGCGGGAGAGAAAGGCAAGAGGGGCAAGGCUGGCCAGGCUGGGCAGACGGGACAGCGAGGACCCCCGGUGAGCGGCCGCAGCCCCCGCCCCGAGCUGGGGGUGAUGGGGAUCGCCCCGGGGUGCCCUGAUGGGAUCACCCCGGGUGCCAUCAGGAAGCCUGGUGGGGCGGGUUGUACCCCACAGGGACCAUCGUGGG